AUGGCGGAUGGUCCGAUAGUGACAGUAAAUGAAGGCCAACUUAGAGGUUCAAAGUACGAACUCGUGGACGGUUCAACGUGCUAUGCGUUCAGAGGAGUGCCGUACGCGCGCCCGCCUGUUGGGGAGCUUCGGUUUAGAGCUCCUCUUCCACCAUUACCAUGGGAAGGGAUUAAAGAUGUCACGAAUUUCGGGCCAAUAUGCGCACAAUUCAACAUAACCCACCAGGGCGAGGAAGACUGCUUGCACAUGAACAUUUAUACCAAAUCUUUUAAUUCAAAGUCACCAGUCAUAGUGAAUAUUCACGGUGGAUCAUAUGACACAGGAUCUGGUGAUUUCUUUUUACCCGAUUUUCUUAUGUUACACGAGGAUAUUGUAUUUGUCACAAUAAACUAUAGACUUGAGGCUCUAGGAUUUCUUGUGCUGGAUAUACCCGAGGUACCAGGAAACGCAGGUAUGAAAGACCAAGUUGAAUCCCUACGAUGGAUUAAAAAUAACAUAGCGCAAUUCGGGGGUGACCCGGAUAGUGUGACACUUUUAGGGGAAAGUUCUGGAGCAUCGUCCGUCACAUAUCACAUGCUGUCUCCAAUGGCAACAGGACUGUUCCACAAGGUUAUAGCACAGAGCGGCGUUUGCACCAACGAUUGGGCAAUUGCUAGGAAUAUGAAAAAAAGAGCUUUCCGAGUUGGCAAACUUUUAGGCACUGACACUGAAGAUGUCUAUGAACUACUUAACUAUUUUAGAAGUCUAGACGCAUAUUCUCUCACCAAUGUCACAACUGCCACGGCAACAAAGGAUGAACUGAACCGAGGUUUUCCCGAUCAAUUCUUACCAUGUGUCGAGAAGAAAUUUCCAAGUGUUGUAGCAUUUAUGGCAGAAAAUCCAGUCAAAAUGAUGGCAGAAGGCAGAGUAGUAAAUAAUGUGCCUUUAAUGCUUGGAUAUAAUUCAGCAGAAGGAAUAUAUAACACGCUGGAUACUAUUGCAAAACUGGACUUGUAUAACAAAGAACCUUCUUAUUACGUACCGAGAGAAAUUUCCGAAAAGGUUAGUGAAAAAAAAUUGAAAGAGUUCGGUGAUAGGAUAAAGAAAUUCUACUUUGGAGACAAAAACAUGACUACAGAUGACAUGAAUACAAUAGCUACAAUGCUUACUGAUACAGAAUUUUCCUAUAACGUGAAUAGAUUUGCCAAUUUAUACACAAAGGCAUCAGGUUUAGCAUAUUUGUACAGGUUUGAUCUUGUGACGGAUCUGAAUGUUGUUAAACUCGUGUUACUAGGGCUCGCAGAUCUGAAUGGCGCGAGCCACGGUGACGAUCUCUUUUACCUGUUUUACAAUUGGCUGAAUGAACAACAAUACAAACAAGAAGAAAAAUUGAGAGAAAUCGUAUUCAGACUAACGAAGUUAUGGGUAAACUUUGCCAGAACUGGAAAUCCAACACCUGACGACAGUUUGGGAGCUAUCUGGAAACCAUACACAGUUAAUGGAAAGGAAUAUUUCAAAAUAGAUGAAACUUACGAAUCGAGCAAUAAUGUGGACGAAAGUAGGAUGCAAUUUUGGAACAAUCUCUAUUCAGAAGCUUGUCGGCCUCACAUUAAAUAAAAAUGCAAUUAAAUAAAAAACAUCAUAGCAAAUUUUUUUCCAAUAUUUAAGUAAUAAACAAAAUAUUCCACAAUUUAAAACAAGUUGAUGUAUUUACUCUACAAUGUCAGUAACAUGUUAUUUUCUUCUUGGCGUAUAAUUUUUUGUGUAUCAUGCAUGUACAUCCUCUGCAAUAAAUUAUUGAAAAAUGUUUUGUAAAUAUUUUAUUAGUAGCAAUAAAAUUAUGUAAAA